CCCUCGUCGGAUGGCAGUGGAUGAUGACUGCCUCAUCGUGGGCCUCAGCCGGGACCCGCUCAAAGCUGUGGAUGAGCCGCGCAAAUAUCCCGACGUGCUCUGUCCUAUGACUCAUGAGUAUUACAAGGGAGCUGUUGAAAGGUUCAAAGAGGAUUAUCCUAAAAUCACCAAGAAGUACAUGUCGACGGACAUCGACCCGACGCCGAUUGAAAAUGAAAUUAAGGACCUGAAGAGGACUGAGUAUCUGACUAAGUAUUGCUCUAGAGAUCUCCCCUUCAUGUCCGUCAACCUAACCCGUCGAGCUCGCGCCCUCCAGACCUUGCGUCUCCCUGAUGACAUCCCGAUACCUGACACCAGCCAACGAGGGUCCUACCGGUGUCCAAGACCGGAGAAAUACGCAGAGCCUCCGUCUGCUAUGUCCAUGAAGCCGAAGUUUGAUGAUACUUUACAAAAGGAACUCCGUCGCAUAUUACGCGUGAGCACGGGAGACACGACAUACGGCGCCGACCACGGCUUGCUGGCCAAAGUCGUGCUGGAGAAGAAUCCCUUCGGCAAACCCCGCAAGGAGCCGAGAUACGGACGCUGGAAGAAUCCUUAUAUGUAUACUUAUAGAAUAUAAUGAGGGCUUAAAUAAAAUUGAUUGUUUGUGUUA